AUGAAGGUUCUGACGUUGCCUCCCGCUAUAGCCACGUUCGUUAUAGUGGUCCUCGGCGAGGUGAUCUUGAGAGCACUUCGCCGCUUCCUCCCGGAGAAUCUUUCAGCGCGGAAAGAGGCGGCUCUUGCGGCGGAGAUAAAGCGCCUCAAGAAGGAGGCGAAUCGGCUGAACACCCCCAGCACCUUCUCUCGCUCUGCACUUCUAACUCGCACUGCCACUGCCAAGGAGAAAGAGCUGAACGCCUUGAAGGCGCAGCCAUCCCGUAUCUGGUGGACGCUGAUUCGCUUUGUCCUCCCAUACACCAUACAGGCAUGCGCCUAUGUGCUGCUGGUGCUCUCGUUCCGCUCCAAGCCCGUUGUCAUUCUGCCGGUGGACGUCGUCUAUCCAUUCGGGUCAAUGCUUGCAUUCCCCCAUGGAGCCAAGUGGCAAGGAGGCGGAGCUGUCUCGGUAUUCGCUUGGCUGGCGCUCACGUCAAGAGUAGGGCGACUCACAUACCGCCCCUCUGCGGCGUCUAUACGGGUCAACGCGGUCAACGCGGUCAACGCGGCCAGCGCGAGUGAGGUGGAGGCGAGAAUCGCUGUGGCCGCCAACACGGGCGCGUUGGACCUUAGCGACUGCGGCCUGACGGCCAUCCCCCCAACUGUUCUUCACCUCUCAGAACUCUCCAACCUCUCUCUGGCCGGCAAUCAAAUCAAAUCCAUCCCUCCUGAGAUUGCCAGCCUGUCCAAACUGCGCCGGCUGGGUCUAGCAGGCAACAGGCUGCAGCGGCUGCCACCUGAAAUCGGCCAUCUGACGCAGCUGGAGGGGCUGUGGCUUCACGGGAACCUGCUUCAAGAGCUCCCAGACGAGAUCGGCCACCUCACAGCGCUGCGCUUCCUGGCUCUCGCAGGCAACCAGUUGACGCGGUUACCACACACGCUGGGCAGGUUGACGGCACUGCAGGUGCUGUCCGUCGCUGGUAACCAGCUCGAAGAGUUACCACAAAGCAUCGGGUCGCUCGCCUCUCUAAGGGUCCUAGCUGCCUACGGCAACGCUCUCACAGCCCUACCACCCUCCAUCACCCACCUCUCCUCCCUUCAGGAGCUCUUUCUUCAAGGCAACCGCAUAUCCUCCCUCCCUCCGCUCUCUCUGCGCUCCCUCCGCCAACUCUCACUUGCCGACAACUGCCUGUCAGCCAUCCCACAAGGCACGCUAGCACAGCUGCCCUUUCUUGAAUCUCUCUGGCUCUACGGCAAUUCUAUCGCUCACCUGCCACCAGACCUAGCAGACUGCUCUCGCCUUGCCAACCUCUGGCUCGAGGGCAAUCCUCUCUCGCUCUCCCACACCAGUCUCUCCGACACCUUUCAUCGAAUCAAGACUGUGGGGGUAGACUCGCAGCAGCUGGUACCAUCACAGGGCAUGCAGCCACCUCUUCCAAGCAACGUGCUUGUCAGCCGGCUGGCAGGGACUGGGGCAGCGCAACGAGACGGUGGCUAUUUCAAGGUGCAGCCAUGGCAGCACGUAGAUUCUGCGUCAGAGGCAGAGGGCCACCGCUCUGAAGUGCUGCUUGUGGCCUUUGGCAGCGCUCCAGCCGUGCCCAACUGGGCGGGGCUGCUGCGCAAGGUGAAGGGAGACAUGGGUCUCACAGCAGCCAUGGGAGGAACCACCACACCCUUUGACACACUCUACGUCGUCGAUUCCACCCGCUCCUGGUACACGCACGCUCCCCUCUCCACACUCACAUCAGCAGCAAGCAAUGCGAACCUGGCGCCACCUCCUAUGCUCUCUCAUGUCGGUGCCUUCUCCAUGAACCAAGGUCUACAUCCAUCAGUUUCAACUACCCCAGCUACAUGGCCUUCAGUAUCAGUGCAGUCCCCGGUUGCAUCCAACACAUCAGUUGAUUCAUCACAAGUUGGUCCUAGUGCUUGUGGCUACACAGAUGGGGCAUACUACCGGAGGGAGAUUGCAGCAGCAGUGGAGGGAUAUGACCGUGUGGUCAUGAUUGGAGAUUCCAUGGGUGCCUCGGCUGCCCUCAUGUUUUCGGAAUUCGGAUCGACUGUUCUCGCGUUUUGUCCGCAGGUGGACCUUAUCUCAGCCAGUAUUCGGCCUGGUCGUGACUCAGCUUGGCUCAGCUCGCUCGACUGGUUGAGCACCUGCCUCAGGUUGAAGUGA